AUGGCAGCAAAAUUCGAGGUCUCGGAAGCCGAACCUCAAGAUGCCGAUGCAAUAGCGCUGCUGUUUGCGCUCUCCUGGGCAUCCCCCUUCACCCAUCUGCAAUUCGGUCAGGUUGACCCUGCCCAGCUAGCGACAUCGAUGGUACCCCGCAUCGCAGAGCAAAUGGCAAAAGAGAACUCCAGGUUCGUCGUGGCUCGACAUCAAAAAACACACGGAGUCGCCGCUGUAGCGCAAUGGACGCUUCCUGCCGAGGAAGGGUCGGAGUCGGUAAAUUCAGAAACGCAAGAGGACAGCGAAGAACGCCAGCAGUUCGAGGAUGAAGUGUACAAGCGUAGUUUGCCAGACAGCAGCAACAGAGAUCUUGUCAUGGACUUCACUCUGGGUCUGCGGCGGCUGAGAGAAGAGACCCUCCAGGGCCGGAAGCACUUCCUCCUAGAGAACCUGGCAACGCAUCCAGACUAUCGUGGCAUGGGGCUGGCGAGCCGAUUGAUUCAACGGGAAGUAAAUUUUGCCAAUGAGCGGCAAAUGUUGAUGUAUCUGGAUACCGCAAGCGACAACCCAGCAGCAAGUUUGUACAAGAAGCUCGGGUUCGAGGAACAAGGUCGAAACACUAUCGAGGAUCUCAGCAAGUAUGCGUCUUUGGACUACAUCCGGCAACUUGGUUGUGACACGAGGCACACGCAUGUAGCCUUUCUGCGAUAUCCGGACGCUCUUAGCGACACAUAG